AUUAUAAUGCGGGUUCGUGGUGCAGUUCCACCUCCGUCCACCGGGGGCGCUGCUCGCUCCGUGUGUUCUUGCGCAGCGCUGGAAAAACUCCGCAUUCAAAGGAGAACAAACGACGAAAGGAGUGAAGGAGUCGACUCUAAGGUUGAAGCUGAGAGCCAUGGCUCGCGGGCAGCAGAAGAUUCAGUCCCAGCAGAAGAACGCAAAGAAGGCGGCAGAGAAGAAGAAGGGUCAGGGCGCCGACCAGAAAACCGCCGCCAAGGCUGCGCUGGUCCACACGUGUCCCGUCUGUCGGACACAAAUGCCCGACCCAAAAACCUUCAAGCAGCACUUUGAGAGCAAACACCCCAAGUCCCCGAUGCCCCCGGAGCUGGCUGACGUCCAGGCGUAACGGACCACCGCGGAGGAGAUGCCGACCCUGGAGACACGAUGACCUCAAGCUGAAGGACGAUGACCAACACGGGACCUGUCAGUAUUUAAUGGACAAUAAACAGGGCACAUAAGCACCAGCGCCCCCUACUGUUUUAGAAUAUUUAUUAUGUAACUACCUUAUUGUCUCAGGUGGGCGAUGAUGGAGUUCCCCCCCCAGAAAAAAGAAAAAAAAAAAC